CAAGUAGAUAUAAAUCUGAAAAAUCUCCCGUUUUGUCUGAAAGUUUUACAGUUUCAAAGUAAAAUGUCCAAAGAUAAUCCUCAUUUCGAUAGAGACUUAGAUUUGUCUAAUGCCAACAGAGGUGUUUGGCUCGUGAAACUACCAAAAUAUGUUGCUAACAGGUGGCAAAAAGCAGCAAGUGAGAUAGAAGUUGGAAAACUUAAAAUAACAAAGGCACCUGGAGAGAAACCUCAGGUAUCUUUAACCUUAUCUUCUGCAACUCUGAAUAUUCAAGAAGAGGGAGAAGAAGCAAUUCCUAAAGAUCAUCGGUUAGAUGUUUCAACUGUAACUCAGCAAACUUUGGGAGUUUUUUCUCAUGUUAUACCUGGAUCAACUGAUUCAGUUGUUCCUGAAUCUGAAAAACUCUACAUGGAGGGCAAAAUUGUACAGAAAUUAGAAUGUCGACCUUAUGCAGAUAAUUGUUAUAUGAAACUAAAACUACAAUCAAUUAAAAAAGCAGCUCAGCCUACUCGACAAGUACAACAACUGGAGAAAGUUGUGAAUACAUACAAACCUGUUUCAGAUCACAAGCAUAAUAUAGAAUAUAUGGAACGCAAAAAGGCUGAAGGAAAGAAAGCUCGUGAUGAUAGAGAUGCUGUCAUGGAUAUGUUGUUCAAUGCAUUUGAAAAACAUCAAUAUUACAAUAUUAAAGAUCUUGUGAAAAUUACAAGGCAACCUAUAACUUAUUUGAAAGAAAUUCUUAAAGAUGUAUGUAAUUAUAAUCUAAAAAACCCACACAAAAAUAUGUGGGAACUGAAACCUGAGUACAGACAUUAUAAACAGCCUGAAACUACAAAAAAAGACGAAGACAUAGAUGAUUAAAAUAUUGAAAUUUCACAACACCAAAGUUAUUUUAUCAAAAUUAUAAGACAUUAUUCAUGUUAUUAUAUAAAUUGAAUUUUAUUUUUCUUUCAUUUGAAUAAAACCAUUUUAUAUCAA